AUGAGAAGGUAUCUGCGGCGCCAGCCAGUGCUGGAGUCGCCACCGGGCCCCAACCUGUGGGGCAGCGUGCUGCCCAACGGGUCGUUCUCGGGGGGCGUGAUGGGAGCCCUGGCCGAAGGGCGCGUGGAGGUGGCGUUCGCCAACCUGUGGAUCACCCCCGAGCGCCUGGCGCGGCUGGCCAUGGGCCCGCCGCUGGGGCUCACGUGCCACACCUUCGCCGUGCGCCGCCAGAGCGGCUCGCAGUGGCUGAACGUGGCGCGGCCCUUCGAGGCGCCGCUGUGGGGCGCGGCCGCCGCCGCCUGCGCCCUCGUCGCCGCCGCCCUCCGCCUCCUCUCCGCGCCCUUCGCUCCCGCAAACGCAGAGACAGUGAAAAUCAUCGGAUCCCAGUGCUCAGAAUCGCUAAUUAACGCCCUGGGCAUAUUUUUGUCGACGUCAUGCCCCAAAGACAGCCAACGUUGGAGUCUGCGUAUCCUGGUGGCGACAUCCAGUUACUUCGCUCUCCUACUUGCCGCUGUCUACUCGAGCAGCCUCGUGUCGCAUCUCACUGCUCCGAGUUCUGCUUUGCGCAUCGACACACUUGAGGAAAUGGUGAAGGCAAAUAUAUUUUGGACUGCCAGACACAGCUCAGAACCAGUGUUUGAUAGAAAUGAUCCUGUGCAACAAAAGCUCAUAUCUCGCUGGCGGCCGGGCAGCACGCCAGAAGCUCGUCGAAAGGCAGUGCUGGACCCCAGAGGCUCGGUGCUUGGUCGUCGACUGUACGGAUUCUUCUUCAUUAAUCUCGCCGAGUUCCCCGUCCCUAGCGAAGCUCUGCGAGGACUUCGCCCCCUGAAGCAGUGCGUUGCCACUUUCUACUCUUCAGUGGCCUUCCGCAAAGGUUCGCCUCUGGAGGAGCGGUUUCGAACCUUCAUGUCGCGAUCCGAUGCAGCUGGGCUGAGCAGUCUGUGGGCCCAACGGGUCAUGCAGAGACAGACGUUGCAAGCCAUCCCUAGUGAUGACACCUUAGUCGCAAUAAACGAGAAUACUGAACCCCUAUCGUUGGCUCACCUAUCUGGAUCAUUUUUCGUCCCUUGGGAUGCAAGUGAAAGAAAAAACAUUCUAGACACAAGUUCCAGAUACAGAAUCAAGAGCACUGUGAUACAAGACGUUGCUGUGACCAGAGGAGCUCCAAAGUCCCCGGAGUCUCUAAGCUUGUUCUGCGACCAAAUCAGAUUUUCGAAUAUGGAGCAGCAAGGUGACGCUAUUGUAAGUGAAGAUCCCCCUUCGACAUUCCUUGAAAGUGUCAUCGAGGAAGGAGGAAGCGAAAUCAACGAUGAGCCCGCAGCUCUUUCCGAGAAGGAUCUGCUGUUCUUCAACGAUCACACGGACCCCGAGACGGCAGACUUUCUCCGCUUGCUCGUCUUGGAAGGCCGGAAGCAGCCUGGUGAUUGCGGCGUAAUGCCAGACAGCAAGCCAUCGUGGGUGGACGACGAGAAGAUCCGCCUGGGCCAGCAAUUCGCCAUGAAGUACUACUUCGGGGUGGUUUUCGCGAACGUCGUGUCGGAACUCAUCCUGUUCACGCUGCCCGGCUUCGUGGAGCCGCUCGUCUUCACCGGCGGCACGGCCUCGCCCACCAAGGCGGUUCGCCGCUACCUGUCCACGCUGCUCCGCGUGAACACGUGGUACACGGACGACCUGUGGGACGCGGGCAGCAAGGCGAGGCGCAACCUGGACGUGGUGCGCGGCAUGCACCACAGAAUUCGCCGCGACCUCCGAGACACCCCGCGCGAAGAGCUCGCCCGUCGCUCGCAGCUGCAGGUGACGCCGUGGGCGGAGGGCGUGGCCGACGCCCUGAGGAAGGACUUCUCGUCCGAAUGCGCCGACCUCGACCCAUCCUUCCGCCGCUUGAUGAGCGCGCUGUCGCAGGGGCGGCGGGUGAGCCAGCUGGAGAUGGCGCUGACGCAGCUGUCGUUCGUGGGCGUGCACGUGACGUGCGCGGGGCGCGUGGGCGCGGGCGGGGCGUCGGAGGCCGAGCUGGAGGGCUUCGCGCACCUGUGGCGCGCCCUGGGCCACCUGCUGGGCGUGGAGGAGCGCUUCAACGUGUGCGGCGCCGGGCUGGACGCCACGCGCCGCCGCACGCGCGCCGCGCUCCGCCUGCUGCACGCGCCG